GAGAAGGGAGGGAGGGAGAGAGGAGACUGGCCCGCCCAUGGUCACUCUUGUGCCUCUCAACAGCCACAGGAGCAAAGCUCUGUCAUCCUUAGGAUCCAGUCAUCAGGGAACAGAACAGGGAGACCAGAAGAGGGCCAGCUGGAGCCAGGGGGUGGAGGCUCAGGAAACAGUCUCUGAAAGGGGCAGGGACCAGGCACAGGAGGCCAGGGGCCCAGAGAACAGACUCCCCUCAGAAGUACAGAAGAGGAGAGCGGAAGGAACUGAGGGAGGGACAGACAGGAGCCUGAGGAGGAAAGAGGAGGGGGAGAAGGGGUCAGGCCCAGCAGCCAAGGAGGAGGCGUGCAGCUGGGGGCUGCAGGCAGGAAGCUAGGGACAGAACUGGCUCGGCGGAGUACUGUCCCCUGAAGCAGCGGCAUCCCCUGGAAGUGCGGUAUAGGCAUUAUUGGUCAGACCAAGAUGUGCCUCUAAGGGCAGCAAGGAACAUUUCACCAUGGCCCCCAGAGCCCUCUGGAGCUGCUAUCUCUGCUGUCUGCUGACCAUAGCCACGGAAGCUGCCAGCUACCCUCCUCGAGGUUACAGCCUCUACACAGGAGGCACUGGGGCCCUGAGUCCUGGGGGACCCCAGGCCCAGAACUCACCACGGCCUGCCAGCCGCCACAGGUCCUGUUGAGUCAGAGAAGGUGCAGCAGCUAGAGCGGCAGGUGAAGAGUCUGACCAAAGAGCUGCAAGGCCUUCGGGGUGUCCUGCAGGGGAUGAAUGGGCGCCUAGCAGAAGAUGUACAGCGAGCUGUGGACACAGUCUUUAAUGGAAGGCAGCAGCCAGCAGAUGCAGCUGCCCGCCCGGGCGUGCAUGAAACCCUCAGUGAGAUCCAGCAGCAGCUGCAGCUCCUGGACAACCGUGUCUCCACUCAUGACCAGGAGCUGGGCCACCUUAACAACCAUCAUAAUGGAGGCCCUGGUGGAGGUGGCAGGGCCUCAGGCCCUGUCCCAGUUCCUUCUGGCCCCAGUGAAGAACUGUUAAGGCAGCUGGAACGGCAGCUGCAAGAGUCUUGCUCAGUGUGCCUGACGGGGCUGGAUGGCUUCCGCCAGCAGCAGCAAGAGGAUAGGGAGCGGCUGCGAACCCUGGAGAAGCUAAUGUCCUCUAUGGAGGAGCGGCAGCAACAGCUUGUGGGACCUGCCAUGGCCAGGAGACCCCCUCAGGAAUGCUGCCCCCCAGAGCUGGGUCGACGAGUGUCUGAGCUGGAGCGGAGGCUAGAUGUAGUGACUGGCUCACUGACAGUGCUAAGUGGACGCAGAGGUUCUGAGCUUGGAGGAGCAGCUGGGCAGGGGGGCCACCCUCCAGGCUACACCAGCUUGGCCUCCCGCCUUUCUCGCCUGGAGGACCGCUUCAACUCUACCCUAGGUCCCUCAGAGGAGCAAGAGAAGAACUGGCCUGGAGGACCAGGGAGGCUGGGCCACUGGUUGCCUGCUGCUCCAGGACGGCUAGAAAAGCUGGAGGGACUACUAGCCAAUGUGAGCAGGGAGCUGGGUGGCCGCAUGGAUCUGCUGGAAGAGCAGGUGGCAGGGGCUGUUCGGACUUGUGGGCAGAUUUGCUCUGGGGCACCCGGGGAACAGGAUUCUCGGGUCAAUGAGAUCCUCAGUGCCUUGGAACGCAGGGUGCUGGACAGCGAGGGCCGGUUACAGCUAGUGGGCUCUGGCUUGCAUGAAGCAGAGGCAGCAGGGGAGGCUCAGCAGGCCGUGUUGGAGGGACUGCAAGGGCUCCUGAGCCGGCUUCGGGAGCGCAUGGAUGCACAGGAGGAGACUGCAGCAGAAAUCUUACUGCGCCUCAAUCUUACCGCAGCCCAGCUAAGCCAGCUGGAGGGUCUGCUGCAAGCCCGUGGGGAUGAGGGUUGUGGCGCCUGUGGUGGUGUCCAGGAGGAGCUGGGCCGCCUUCGGGAUGGUGUGGAACGUUGCUCCUGCCCAUUGUUACCUCCACGGGGCCCUGGAGCUGGCCCAGGGGUUGGGGGACCAAGCCGUGGGCCUCUGGAUGGUUUCAGUGUGUUUGGGGGCAGUUCAGGCUCAGCCCUCCAGGCCCUUCAAGGAGAACUCUCUGAGGUUAUUCUCACCUUCAGCUCCCUGAACGACUCACUCCACGAGCUCCAGACCACUGUGGAGGGUCAGGGUGCCGAUCUGGCUGACCUGGGGGCCACCAAGGACAGCAUCAUCUCUGAAAUCAACAGACUACAGCAGGAGGCCACGGAGCACGUCACAGAGAGCGAGGAGCGCUUCCGAGGCCUGGAGGAGGGCCAGGCACAGGCUGGCCAAUGCCCUAGCUUAGAGGGGCGAUUAGGCCGCCUUGAGGGAGUCUGCGAACGACUGGACACCGUGGCAGGGGGACUACAAGGCCUACGUGAAGGCCUCUCCAGACACGUGGCUGGGCUCUGGGCUGCAGUACGGGAAAGCAACAGCACCAGCCUGACACAGGCCGCCCUGCUGGAGAAGCUGCUGGGGGGCCAGGCAGGCCUGGGCAGGCGGCUUGGUGCCCUCAACAAUUCCCUGCUGCUCCUGGAAGACCGUCUGCAGCAACUUAGCCUAAAGGACUUCACUGGACCUUCAGGCAAGGCUGGGCCCCCAGGGCCUCCCGGGCUACAAGGGCCUUCAGGCCCUGCAGGACCUCCAGGACCUCCUGGCAAAGACGGACAACAGGGGGCCAUUGGCCCACCAGGUCCUCAAGGGGAGCAGGGAGCGGAGGGAGCACCAGCAGCCCCUGUGCCUAGGGUAGCAUUUUCAGCUGCCCUGAGUUUGCCACGGUCAGAACCUGGCACAGUCCCCUUCGACAGAGUCUUGCUCAAUGAUGGAGGCUACUAUGACCCAGAGACAGGUGUAUUCACUGCACCACUGGCUGGACGCUAUUUGCUGAGCGCUGUACUUACUGGGCACCGGCAUGAGAAAGUGGAAGCAGUAUUGUCACGCUCCAACCUGGGCGUGGCCCGCAUAGACUCGGGAGGCUAUGAACCCGAGGGACUGGAGAAUAAGCCUGUGGCCGAAAGUCAGCCCAGCCCAGGCGCUCUGGGCGUCUUCAGCCUCAUUCUGCCACUGCAGGUCGGAGACACUGUCUGCAUCGACCUGGUCAUGGGGCAGCUGGCACACUCCGAGGAGCCGCUCACCAUCUUCAGCGGAGCCCUGCUCUACGAGGACACAGAGCUUGAACAGGUGUAGACAGGGUGGACCCGACCACCAAACUUAUCUACAGGGGCCGCAGAGCCACCUGGAUGGUGGCUACCCACCAAGGCAAGGGCAAGUCUGGCGACCACGUCCCGCUGCGGUUCAGGCAUCCAAAUCGGUCACUCCGUACGUUGUGACUGCGUGGUCUAUGGGACCGAGGCAUCUCCUCUUGACCUUUGGCCUCAUUGCCGUCCCCACCAGAGCCCUCUCCGGGACCCAAGCUGCGGAAGAGGAACCUACCCUCCAGGGCUCUCCCCAGUCCACACCACCGUACUAAACUAUUCAGGAAUAAAGACACUUUUUUUUUUUCUACAAAACAUA